AUGCAGAACGAUGUUUCUGAUAGAGGUAGCACCACCAGAGCAGGUGAUUUAGCUCUUACUGAGGUUGACCUGGAGAAGCAGGAUAACAGUAAGGUGAUGCCGCAGGAAGGCGGUAAUGGGAUCUUAUCAGGGAAUUCUGGUUUUCUACCAGUUGCUAUUGUGGUUUCUAAUGGUGAGUCUCCUGUGACUCAUGUGGUUGUAACCAAGGAAGAGUUGCCUGGUGUGGAUUCUCCUAAAAAAGGGUCCUUGUCAAGGACUUCAAGUUCGCACGAACAAUGCAGAGUUUGCCAGCAGGAGAAGGAAGAAGUUCUCAUAGAUCUUGGAUGCAAAUGUAAAGGCGGUCUUGCAAAAUCCCAUCGUACGUGUAUAGAUACUUGGUUUAGCACAAGAGGAUCCAACAAAUGCGAGAUAUGCCAGACAGUAGCUGUAAAUGUGUCACCUCCAGAAUCCCAGCCAAGUGUAGGUAUUCUAUUACUGGGUGAAAAAAAUUACAAAACAAACUACUGGGUUUGGAGAAUUGAUCCAGACUUUAGACCCCGAGGUCGUGAUAGGGGCUGUUUUAGUCCACUUUGGGUGGCAUUCUCAAUCCUUAUUGGUGGUCUCUUGUUGGAUGUGCUGAUAUCCAUCACCCUUGGUGUUUCUGCGUUACCUGUUAACAUAAUAAUUGGGGUCAUUGUCGUGCUGGGACUUGGAACUGCGCUUCGGCUAGCCCUGGAAUUCUGCCAUGAGUGGAGUUUUAGCAAGGAAAAAGAAGACAACAUGGUGGCUGUGGUGUCUGUGGACUCCCUACCUUUAGGGUUUAGAUUCAGGCCAACUGAUGAAGAACUGAUAAGCCACUACUUGAGGCUCAAAAUCAACGGUCGUGAUUCUGAAGUUGAAGUCAUCCCUGAAAUUGAUGUUUGUAAAUGGGAGCCUUGGGAUUUGCCUGGACUAUCUGUGAUAAAGACUGCUGAUCCUGAUUAUGAAAUGUCCUUUUGUGCUGUAUAUACAACGAUGCUAUUGUUAAAAUUAAUACUGUUGAUUUGCAUUGAUGCUGUUGAUAUCUUCAACUCACCGAGUUUCUCUCGUCACCUGGGACAGGCUGCAUAUGUCCUUUUUCGCUUGUUCAAAAAGCCAGAAGGGAGGACUGACAUUGUGAAGUAUGAUGAGAUAGAACAGAAUGGAUACUCUCCUGCAGCUGCUAAGUCCUCUCCUGAUGAUGCAUCAUCAGAUCUAGUUGAAGAAACAGCGACACCUGAUAUGCAUUCAGGAAAGCAAUCAGAAGAUAUAAAGAUGUGGAUGAUUGAGUCUGACAACAUGACUUCUAAUAUUGUGGUGCCUGUUGAUAGCUGCAGUAAUAGUCAUGCAACUUCAGACGUGGAAGAUCAAAUGCCAGAAGCAACAGCUGUGGAGGCAUAUCCACCACUGGAUGAAAAUUCUCUUUUACAUGAGCCUGUGUCUGCAGAUCUUGAUUGUAAAGUUUUCUCCCCAAUGCGAUCACAUAUUCCAGCAGACCUAGGAUACUACAUCAAUUCACCUUACGCCAGUGACUUUGGAAACAAUCAAAAUGGAUUUCCCUUUCAGGAUGGCACCAGUGAACAGGAUGUGUCCCUCACAGAAUUGUUAGAUGAUUUCUUCAAUAACAAUGACGAGUGUUCUGGUGAAGAAACAACCAGUCGGAACAACUUGGGUACUGGAAGUGAGGCUCAGUUGUCUGAUCAGAUACCACCAGGAAACUUCGAUGUUAAGGACAAUGAUAUAAACAGUUUCAUGAACAAUGCGGUGGCUCAAGCACAGCAUGCUUCACAAAUGGGAGCCCCAGCGUGGCCUAGUGAUCAAUUUGGUAGAAAUGAGCUAUUACAAAUGCAACCUGCAGUUGGAACUUGGCGAGCACCUGCAUCUGUUUCGUAUGGAGAACUUGGAAGGGGAAAUAUUGGUCAUUUUGGCAAUAAUUUUCUUGGACAAGAUGCUCCAUCAGCCAAUUCUGCAAUCUCAUCUUUUGGUGUGCUUAAUAGUAUAGAAGAAGCAACCAGCCAGAUAACUUCUGUAGACUAUGGCAAUGGUGUCAGUGGAACUGGAAUCAAGAUUAGGACCCGCCAGCCUCAAGUCCAACCACAUUCAGACAACUUCGUUGCUCAGGGCAGUGCCCCAAGAAGAAUUCGUUUGCAGAUGAAACUUUCGGUUGAUUCAGUUGGGGAUUGCAAGGCCAAAGAUGCAGCCCACCUUGAAGAUGAAGAUGAGGUGCAAUCAGCGGUAACAGAGGCCACUGGAUAUGCUGAAAAACAGCCCCCUACAGUUGAUGAUCUGCAGAAAGAAAGCCCACUUCCUGGUUCCAACAGUAGCAGGGAAAUUGCUGAAGAAUCUUCUUCAAAUUUGAGGUUAAGGAUGAAAAAGGAAGGUGAAUCUGAAAGCAGGCAGAUAGCAUCAUCUGCAUUUCCAGCUGCACCUCCUGCACAUCAUGGACACAAAUCAUUAUCAGUUUAUAUCAGUGUUUUCAUCCUCGUAAUCGCGUUCAUAGCUUUUACUGGCAUAUGGAGAUCCCUUAAGACCGUGAAGUUGCUCUGGAUACAGAACGGCGCAAGUGAUAAUUUGUAG